CCUAAUUUUGUUGGUUUAAUAAGCCAAGACAACCCCCUGCCCUAAUUUUAAAAAAAGAAAAUUAAGUUUGACUGCCGCCCCAAUUUCCUGGAAGCGUCUGAGGGAAUCGGAGUGACAAACGUGACGUGAAAGGCGGGAUUUGAGCAGCAGGAAUUCCCGGGCUUCUUCGGGAAUCUCCGAGAUUAUCCGAGACCCCGAAAAGCCUGCGCAGCGUGCGGACCCGGAAGACAGCGUGGGCGGAGCCUAUGCGUGUAAUGGGCGUGUCCUGUGAGGCGGACGUCGGGGGCGUGGCCUCAGCGGGAGUGGCUGGCGGUAGCCAGGCGCGGGUGGCGGGAAGGAAAUACGCCGGCGGGAGUGUGCUAGCUUCCUUCUCGCAACCGGAACUAUUUCGGCAAUCUUGGCCAACUGCUCCUGCUCCGGGAGAGGCUGUAAACCGCUCUGAUUCUGCCUCCUUUUCCUUUCCUCCGCUCUUCCCAGAAGGUGAAAUGUCGAAGAGUGGAUAGACACACCUCCAGGGCCCAAAGUCCACGGCCACAGGGGCGCCAUUCACUCUCCGGACUCAUUCGUUAAAACUCCUUUGGGAGUCUUGGCUCAGGGUUAGCAGAUGCCAGAACCUUGCCUUUUGAUGCAGUGCGAAUCCAGUCCAAAAGAAGAGGAGAUCCCGUCCCUCUUUUGGGGUCUGGAUCCCGUGUUUCUAGCCUUUGCAAAACUCUACAUCAAGGACAUCCUGGAGAUGAAGGAGUCCCAACAAGUGCCAGGCAUGUAUUUUUACAAUGGACAUCCAAUAAGACGGGUGGAUAUCAUGGGAGCUGUCAUCAGUGUGAAAGAGAGAGAGACUUUCUACAGCUAUGGAGUGGAUGACGCCACAGGGGUUAUAAACUGUGUGUGCUGGAAAAGGCCAAGCAAUGCCGAGUCUUCAUCAGACCCAGCUAUUCUGAGCACUUCGAGAGAACUCAGCAUGACCUCACAGCUUAAGAAACUGCAGGAGACCAUUGAGCAGAAAACCAAGAUCGGGAUUGGGGAUAUCAUCCGAGUCCGAGGCUACGUGCGUAUGUUCCGAGAAGAGCGAGAGAUCUGUGCCACCAUUUAUUAUAAGGUGGACGAUCCAGUGUGGAACAUGCAAAUUGCAAGGAUGCUUGAGCUGCCAGAGCUCUACAAGAAGGUGUAUGACCAGCCCUUCCGGAACCCAGCCCUAAAGGAGGAAGAGGCACUAAAGAGGAUGCAGGACUACCAUUCCAAGGAUGGCCUCACCCACAGUAGGUUGGACCCUCCCAUGUCAAUCACUGAGGAAUUUCCCACAGGCUUGCCUGCAGCCCAGUCUUCUGGAGGCCUUUUCUCAAUUGAGGUUCCCUUUCCUUAGAUGACUAUGGCUUGUGUCAAAUUGACAUAAAACUAGUCAGCAUAAGGGGGCAUUUUUUAUUCUGUCUUUUAUUUUUAUUUAUUUUAUUGGGUUGGUGGCAGAGGGUUAGAGAGUCAGUGGUUAAAAGUACAUGUCCCCCAGCGUGAGCACCUAAGUUCAGAUCCCACCCUAAAGUCUGCACAGGCUGGUGGGCACUGAAGGGCAUGGAAGCCAGGCAGUCAGUGGGGCUUGCCUGUCCACUUGUUUAUUUCUAAAGCUAAUGAGAGAUCCGCUCUCAAGGGAAUAGGUGGAGAGUAGUAAAGCAGGGCACCAGUGUCUUCAAGUUCUGGCAUCUGCAUGCGCAUGUGCACACAGAAUACACACACGUACAAUGCAUGCACGCACACAAAGACAGCAUACACAGGCCACACAUAUACACAGUGUGCACGCACAGCGCGCAUGCACGCACACACAGCACAUACACAGCGUUGUGCACAUAACACACAGUUUUUCCUCCAUGGUAGAGAAUGGACCAGGAUCAGACGAGCUAGGCGAGUGCUCUAGCACUGAGCUGUACCCCGGCCCUCCCUUGAACUUUUCAAACAUGUAAGGAUAUGACUUAUUCAGUAAGUCAAACAGUGCACACAGUAGAUAUGUAUAACUUGGAAAGUGCAAACUGUCUCUCAGCACUCCUGCCCAGCAUUGCCAGUGUUCCCGAGUUGGUGCGGUUCCUUCCCUUUAGAUGCCUGUAUUCUGUGCAUACAUGAGCAGGAAUGUCACCUAGAUGUUUGGUGGGCUCUCUGCUCCCCUCACAAAAA